GAAAUUAAAAGAACGCAAAGAACAGAAGGAGAGAGAGGGAGAUCUGUAAGAACCAAAAACAAUUUUCACAAUAACACUCUUCUCCUUCUCUCCGAUCUGAUCGGCCCUCUGUCCGAAAUCAUGUUUUAGGGUUUUAUAUUAUUAGAUAUUGAAUAUAUAUAUUAUAUUUUCAAUUUACUAUGUAUAUUUGUUUUGUUUCAAACAACCCGACCGUUUGAUCAUCGAAUUCCGUCGCCAUUCGCGGAUUUUUUGUUGGAUUGGAAGUGUUCUCUAGGGUUUUUGGUGCUAAUCACUGGAUAAACAUUGUGGAUUUUGAUUGGAGUUAUGAAGAAGAUUGGGAUUUUGUUUGUACGGUGAAUUUGGUCUAAUUUUAUUGAGCUUUGGGAUCCUUUCUCUUAUUCUGGGUUUUCGAUGGCUUCGGCUCAGGUGCUGACCAACUCGGUGACUUCAUCGAAGAAGCAAGGACAUUUGGAGGCUGGAAAGCGUCGGCUUGAAGAGUUCCGCAAGAAAAAAGCAGCAGAGCGUGCUAAGAAGACGCCAUCAACCAGCCAGAACCAGACUUCUGAACUCAAUGCAAAUGAAAAACAACCUUUAGAAACUGAACACGAACGAGCUACAGAUACAAGUGGAGCUGGGACAUCAGAUGGACAUGGAAACACUGUUACUGAAACUGCAUCUGUAGUAUUAAACAAUAAUGAAAAUUUAAUUGAUUCUUUCCAGAAAAGCGAGCAAGUUUCUAUAAAUGCCAGCCACCGUAAUCAGUUUUUAUCUAAUGAUUAUAGUUCAUUGUCUUUAGAUCAGACCCUAAAACAUGCAAGUAGUGAAGAAUCUAAGAGAUUUGGUGAUUUAGGUUUUGGUGGACCUGUAGAUGUUAGUCAAAGCCAUGGUAAAAAAGGGAACAGUAAUGAUCUGGAGAAUUAUACUGGAGGCUUAGUUAGAUUUCCAUAUGGGACACCUGGCCAGUCCAUUGCUUUACACUCACAAGGCAGUCAAGAUUUUGAAAGCAGUGUUAGUCAACUUGGUAUCCAUCAGAACGACGAAUCCCACUCAAAAGAAAAGUUAUCUGAGGAUUAUGCAAUUUCAAAUACUGGUUCUUCUCAUGUUUCUGUUUCAAGUAGCUCACCUCAAAAUUCUAUUGGCACAGUACAGCAAAGUGAAACUAGUAAUGUCAGUGGCUCCAAAUCAUCUUCCCUGUAUGAAGACCUGAUUCGCCCAACCACAAACAGAACUGGAAAUAUGCUCAGUAGUGGGAACUUCAGGGAUCCUAUUUUUCCCAAAUCAGGCAAAGAAAACAUUAGUAGCUCUGUUAUUGGUCUAUCUGGUAUGGACAAUGGGGCUGGCCAAACAUUUGGUGCGAGUUUUCCAUCUGAUUUGCGAAGUUCUUCCAAUCAUGUACCGCUUUAUCCGGUGACAAAUGAAGCUAGUUCGAGGAGAUCUCGUUCAUCCUUUCUUGAUAAUCUUAAUGUUCUUAGAGAAUCUUCUGGAACUCAUUUGGAACAAGAUGAACAUAUUAAAGAUUCAUUUAAUUCCAACAGCUUGAAAUCAAAGAGCAUGGAUAUCCUAGGAUCGUCUCCUUUUGAUAAGCCAUCCACAUAUUCUGAAAGUUUAGGUCCACUUUCAAAGCUUGACUCCCAUAGCAAUUCAUAUGCAUUUGAAUCUUCAAUGAGUUCAGUUUCUGAUAGUAUCGUGAGUGACCUGCCAAAACCAUCUGUAUAUGAAAAUGGCAUGGAGAGGAAACAUGAUUUUUACUUACCUAAGCAGAAUGAAGACUUUACAGCUCUGGAACAGCAUAUUGAGGAUUUGACACAAGAAAAAUUCUCCUUGCAACGUGCACUUGAGGCCUCUCGCGCUUUAGCAGAGUCAUUGGCUUCUGAAAAUUCUUCUCUUACAGACACAUAUAACCAACAGAGGGGUGUUGUUGAUCAACUAAAAUCUGACAUGGAAAAGUUACAAGAGGAAAUCAAGGCCCAAUUGAUGGAACUUGAGGCUGUUAAAAAUGAAUAUACAAAUGCACAUCUAGAAUGUAAUGCUGCUGAUGAGCGCUCUAAGUUAUUGGCUUCAGAAGUAAUCAGUUUAGAGGAGAAGGCACUUAGACUGAGAUCUAGUGAGCUAAAGCUUGAGAGGCAAUUGGAGAACUCACAAGCUGAAAUAUCUUCAUACAAAAAGAAAUUGUCUAGCAUAGAGAGGGAUCGUAUGGACUUGCAGUCAACUAUUGAUGCUCUUCAGGAAGAGAAAAAGCUGUUGCAGUCCAAGUUACGCAAAGCUUCCACUAGUGGAAAAUCCGUUGAUGUUACCCAGAGUAGUACACAUAAGAAAGAUGAAUCUACUUCUACCGAAGAUUUAGAAAAUGAAGAUACCAUUACCAAUACCUCGAAUCAAGAAGUGCAGGAUACAUCUUUUAUUGGAAUUGAUGCCUCCAAUUUUUCAAUGUUGCCUGACAAUGGCUAUUCAAAUAUACCUCCUGAUCAGAUGAGAAUGAUUCAAAACAUUAAUGCAUUAAUUGCAGAGUUGGCUAUGGAGAAGGAAGAGUUGGUUCAAACUUUGGCGUCUGAGUCAUCUCAUUGUUCUCAGUUGAAGGAGUUGAACUAUGAGUUGACCCGAAAACUCGAAGCUCAGACUCAGAGAUUAGAAUUUUUGACUGCUCGAAGUAUGGCUAAUGAGAAUAUCUCUGCAAGACAACCUGAUUCUCAGGAUGUCCGUGAGAACAUUCAAUAUGCCGAUGAAGGUGACGAGGUGGUAGAGAGAGUGUUGGGAUGGAUUAUGAAGCUGUUUCCAGGAGGACCAUCAAAACGAAGAACCAGUAAGCUGAUUUGAUAUGAGCUUGUCUCUGUCCCAAUACGGUUAAGUUUUGUUUCACCUACAAUUGAGAGAUAGUAAAAUGUGUAUAUUGUGAUCCAUUCUUUUUUCCAAUAGAAAGAAAGAUGAGCUUGUUUUUUUGAGAGAGGCAUUCCCUUUCGUUGGUCAAUCUCACGUGUCAUUUGUUUUUAACAAUGAACAAUAAAGAAAUUGCUUUAUUGAUAUCUACUACAACAACAACUGCUAAUAGUACCAUAUUAUGAUAUAUAUAUGUUAGAAGAAGUAACUUUUCUUGGACUUUGGAAAGAGAGAAAUGUGAGCUGGUGGGUAUGGGUGGUAUACAUGAGAUGAGAAAUUGUAUUAUUCAAUUGUUGUGUUCUAUUACAAGGCUUGAAAGCCCCUGUCCUAUGAAAUGAAACGAAACUUAU